UCAACUCUCAAUCUGUCCCAACUUGUCGGCUUCGUGUGUUUCUUCGACUGUUUACAUCAUUAAGUAUAUACCAUUUGUAACUUUUAAAUAUACCAUAAUACUGUGUGCAUUUUAUUUUUCGAUACUACUCUUGACUUAGUGUUGAUGACAGUAUGUGAUUUUGGUGUAAAUAACUCCAAUAAUUUUAUCUGUGGAAAGUUGUUGUUAGAGUGAUUCAGUCAAACCUAGUGAUACAUUAUUUUUGUAAAUAAGUUACAAAAAUGCCAAUUGCCGAUAAAAGAAAGGGUGAUGAUAUUCUCUCGCUAGUACCGGCGUCGAAGAAAACUAGAAAUGAAGUUGUAUUUAGCAGCAGGGAAAAAGCAGUCGUUCAGAGUGGACCACCAAGAACAUCAAACUUGUCUUCUCCCAUUAUGCUAUUGGAGGGACAUCAAGGAGAUAUUUUUUCAUUGGAAUUUCAUCCUGAGGGGCAGUAUGUUGCCUCAACAGGGUUUGACAGACAAAUAUUUCUUUGGAAUGUAUACGGAGAAUGUGAAAAUAUCACAGUCAUGUCGGGCCAUAGUGGUGCUGUGAUGGAAAUGCACUUCAGUCCUGAUGGCAAUAAUUUAUACACAGCAAGCACAGACAUGACAUUGGGUCUGUGGGAUAUGGCAGCAGGAGUGAGGGUAAAAAAAUUAAAAGGGCAUUCUGCAUUCGUAAAUUCUGUUAAUGGUACCAGAAGAGGUGUGCUACAGCUUUGUUCUGGAAGUGAUGACAGCACUAUUAAGAUCUGGGAUCCUAGAAAGAAAGGACAGUGUCAUACUUUAAAUAAUACUUACCAGGUUACUACUGUAUCAUUCAAUGACACUGCUGAGCAAGUUAUUAGUGGAGGAAUCGAUAAUGAUAUCAAAGUAUGGGAUUUGAGAAAAAAUGCAAUUUUAUAUAUAAUGAAAGGCCACACCGAUACCGUCACAGGAUUAAGUUUGAGUCCAGAUGGGUCCUACAUCCUAUCUAAUGCUAUGGAUAACACUUUGAGAAUAUGGGAUAUCAGACCAUAUGUACCUUACGACACGAGAUGUAUGAAAAUUUUUUCCGGACAUCAACAUAAUUUUGAGAAGAAUUUACUGAGAUGUGCUUGGUAUCCUGAUGGAAGCAAAGUAUCAGCGGGUUCCUCCGAUAGAUAUCAUUAUAUUUGGGACACAACUAGUCGGAGAAUAUUGUAUAAGCUCCCUGGUCACAAUGGAUCUAUUAAUGACGUUGACUUUCAUCCUAAAGAACCAAUAGUGUGCUCUGGCUCAAGUGACAAACAAAUUUACAUGGGUGAAAUCGAAGGUUAAAGAUUGUAUGACCCUGAUUUUUCAUAAUAUAAUUUUUUGUAAAAUAGUAUUGUGACAUUCAUCUUUAUAAAUGAGCAUAGUUUAAGAGUAUUCAAAUAAAUAUUUUAUGUUUGAGGCGUA